AUGGCCAAGAUCAUCGCGGUCACCGGCGCAACGGGCGCCCAGGGUGGUGGCGUCGUCAACAUCAUGAAGAAUGUGCCAGGGUGGAAAGUCCGCGCCAUAACACGCAACCCCUCGGGCGCCGCGGCACAAAAGCUCGCAGCAGAAGGGCUUGACGUUGUCCAGGCAAGCUUCGAUGACGAGGCUUCAUUGGUCAAGGCGUUUGAGGGAGUCCAUGCGGUGUUCGCUGUGACAAAUUGGUGGGAGAUCCUCUUCACCGGCCACAACCAGGCCGAGGCCAGUCAGAUCGAAACUGAGCAAGGCAUGGCCAUCGCGCGCGCGGCUGCCGCCCAGAGCACGCUCGAGCACUACAUCUGGUCAACCGGCACGGAUACGUCGACCGCUUCAGGCGGCAAGCACCCGGGCGUGUCGCACAUGGACUCCAAGGCGCUCGUGGAUGAGAAGAUCCGCAAGGAGCUGCCCGCCCUGGCGGCCAAGACGACGUAUAUGUACAUGGGAUACUACCCGCAGAACAUGUUCACCUAUGACUGUCUGAAGCCCACAGAAUUUCCUCCAGGAUCAGGCACAUACGUCCAGAUCGUUCCAAGCACGGCCGACGCGGAAGUUCUCAUGGCUGGUGAUUUGACGCACAACCCAGGCCUGUGGGUCCGCCAGAUCCUCGCCAAAGGGGACAUCACGUAUGGGAAAUACACCAGGGUCGCGCUCGAGAGGUGGUCCUUUCAGAAGGCCAUCGACGUGUGGUCCGAGGUCACGGGCAAGAAGGGCGUUUUUGUGCCCUGCACUGUCGAGAAGUAUACCGAGCUGUUUGGAAUCGUGGGCCGCGAGAUUGGGGUGCAGUUCCAGUUCGGGCAGAUGGCUGAUGUUUGGGGGAUUGAGGAGGACAAGUACCUGGAUGCAGAGAAGGAUCUGGGCAUUAGUGCCGACGAGGUUAUUGGGUUCCGUGGGACAAUGGAGAAGUGGAAGCAUACGGUAGCUUGA